AUGGCCGCCCAGGAGCCCACGCCGCCGAAUCUGACCUUUGUCUACAGCAUGGAGGCGGAGCUGGCCAAUGCUAUUCCCAUCAAAAACAUUCCCGAUGGAAAAGACCGCCAGAUUAUCCCCAUUACCGGAGGCUGGUUCAAGGGCCCACGAGUUUCUGGCAAGAUCCUCAACAUUGGCGCCGACUGGCUUUUGGUCGACAGCCAAGGCAAAGGCCGUCCGGAUACCCGAUAUGUUCUCCAGACGGACCAGGGCGAAAUCAUCUACGUGCGAACCGAGGGAGUGCCGCCAAAGAUCGCAAAUGGGCCCAACAUGCUGAGGGCCAAGUUUGAGACGAGCACAAACAGCUCCGUCGCCUGGAUGAACAACAUCGCAGCUGUAGCCGUGCUGAGGGUAAAGAACCCCAAUGCCGUCUUGAUUGACAUGUGGGAGGCGUCGCCGGCUCAGUAG